AUGCCAUUCUCCUCCUCUUCUUCGCCCUCUUCCUCCGCGCCCGAGGCGUCCACCACCCCGCUUGCAGAUUAUUUUUGGAUAGCUGGCGUGGAUGGAACAGAGGUUCUCGAGACUUAUCGCAAAUUAGGGGAUGAUUACCGAGCCAACUGUGCCACUUCGCCUGGCCCCGCCCUCACAGAUACUAUUGAGGAGGAUGCGGAUGCGGAAGAGGCCCAUGAUCCUCGCCUGGAUAGCCUUUCCCGUCCCAUCUCUAUGGCGGGGAAUCGUAACUCGGUCCAACGGGUCUCCACGCGCUCGGGAGAGUCCGAUGCGAACGAGAACGGCUCCCACAGCAACCGGAGCAGCAUGACAAUCAAAGGCAAUCAAUCUCCACGUGGCUCCUCGUUCCUCGGAGACUUCGACUUUGACAAAGCGCUAUGGAAGUUCGCGUCCGAGAGGGAGUCCUUCUUAUCCGAUCUCAAUGUCAGUGCAGGUGCCAUCACCCCUUCGACGCGCCCGCGGUCCAGGUUACGUACGCAGAAGAUCGUCUCGGAGGAAGGCUCGCAGCCGACAGGCUUGAUACGUUCUAGCAUUGGCAGCGUGCGGCGACACAUGGCCUUUCGGGAUAUGAACAGUAUGAAGAGACAGCCGUCAAUUGCUCGUCAAGCAUCCAUUAGAACCUCACGACGCUUAAGUAAUUACAACUCCGUUAUCCCGGUCCCUCAACCCUUAGAGAUCUCUCCCACCAUGCAUCCUUUGAAGCGGAGAUUUGAACCGGUCCUACUUGAUCGGUAUCCCACACAAGGCAUGUCUGAUGAGCUAAAAUUGCGAGGCAACUUCCCCGACUACGUUCCGAUGUUCGCAUUUCCGAAUGAUAUCAACAUUGUUUCCUCCGAUCAAAGGCCCCGAUCUACAUGGCACGGAUUCGUCAUGACCACCGAUAACGGCUCGCGCUUGCAUGCUAUAUGUCUCAUCAUCUGGAUCCCCCUUAAUCAAAAAGCUGCCGAUGAGCUAGAGAAACGCUGCGAGGAAUGGCGGAAAGAGAAUAUGACGGAUGAGGAGCGCGAGCUCGCGGCGAGCCUGGGCGAGAGACUGGCAAGUGAGCGCGCCAAACUUUCCCGACUCCUGGCCCAGCUCCCCACUGUUCCAUCAGGUUCGGAAUCACGAGAGCAGUUGGAGGACGAGAUUAGUGCGGUUGAGGAGAAGAUUGGCUUAAUGACUGACCUCCUGCGACCGGUGCGGCAUGGUGCAGCGUCUAAGAUUGAAGGGCUGACUGAUGGGGAUACCGGCUUCUGGAUACCCCGCGCAUACGGCAUCCUCGGCCGAGAAGAGAAUAUGACCAGUUUCUGGAAGGAGUGGCUGAAGGCUGUCGUUGUCCCAAUGACCGAUGGAGGCAUUCAGCGCAUCCCCCCUAGUUCUCCGCGGAUGGGGGUCUGGCAACCAUUGGAACGUUAUGUGAUGAACCUGUGCACGGAGGCAUUCAGUCCAAACUCUUCCAAAACACAAGUAGAGCUGAAUGUCCGGGAAUUGCGUCUUUUCGCCCGCAAGGAGGCUUCCAAUGAGUUACCGGGCUCUCGCAACACCGAUAUCUACGCGCUGUUUCGCGCUCUUUCAUUGCCUAACAUCGUCAUCCUCCUGGAAUACGCUCUGACUGAGUCGCGCAUCAUCUUUCUGUCGUCUCACACAUCGAUGCUUUAUUUGGCGACGAAGGCGUUGGUUGAUUUACUUUUUCCCAUCCCGUGGUCGGGAGUGUUGAUCCCAGUUCUCCCUGCCCGGUUGAUCCAGGCUUUAGAAGCACCCUGUCCGUAUAUCGUGGGCAUCGAACGCCGCUACGAGAAAGUCGAACUGCCGUCCGAUGAUUUCGUUCUGGUAGACCUUGAUGCCGACCUUAUCGAGAGCACGGUUCAGCCAACCCCCCUGCCCCGUCAUCAGCGCAGGAAGCUUUUGUCGUUGUUGCAGCUGGCCGCGCCUCAUCACAGCCGGUGUGGGGUGCCGACCGGACCGCCCGCCUAUGCCGUUGAGACGUACCCGUUUGACGCUUUUAUGUCGGAGAACUCUUCCAUAUUCACUUCCAAAGCUCAGUCCACGCAAUUGGCCAAAUACGUCAGCUUGAACUCUAGUGCCUUCGGCCAGACUUCUGUGGUUUCGGCCUCGUACCAGCCUUUGAUCUUUAACGCCUACCUCCAUGCCCGAUACGAACAGGCUGCGUCCAGGGGCUAUUCAUCCAAGGGCUCUGACCGGCCGGGAACUGGCUCGACGUACAAGACUGGCUCGCCACCGUCUCCCCGCGAUAGCUCGCCCACGUCGGGGCAUUUCCCGGCAUCGUCUACAGGCCCGGGCUCACGAAAUGACUCGGGAAGCACUCUACAGGCUUCCUUGCGGGAGAAACGCUCCGGCCACUUCGAUGCUGCGUCACGACGAAGCUCGUCGUUUGGUAUCGAGAUGCGCCCUGGCGUUCCCCGCCGCCCAAGCGCCCCUUUCUUAGGCCAUGCCUCGAAUCUGUCAGUGACUACUUUGAAUACGGACCAUAAUUCGGGGUCUACCUACGCACCUUCUGUGUAUGCGCAGUCUACAGUUGCUGCAUCUACUAUCGUUCCCACAAAUGCGGCACAACCUAUUCACAAUGCCGAGGGUACUUGUUGGCUGGAAGGACAUUGCUUACAGGUACAACCAUGGGACGAAAAAGCUAUUUGCACCAUCUGUGACGAUCGGGCCGAGGAUGGCAUGUACAAGUGUACCGCUUGCAAGGUCGUAGUCCAUAGCAGGUGUGCCCUUCAGAUAUGCCUAGUGUGCCCGGCAGCCUUUCAUCCUGAGCAAGUUCGUGCUGCGUUCGUCAGAUGUUUCGCCAGCUUGUUCUACACGUACAAGAAGUUUCUUCAGCCUGCUUCGGGAGACAAGAAGAAGGCAGGUCUAACAUAUAGCUUCAACAUGGAGGCAUUCAUGAAAAGUUUGCCAGGAGAACAUGCGGAUUACAUUGCAGUAUUGCAACAGACACAAGGAUUCAAUGAGUUCAUUGGAGACAGAGAAAGAGCCAAUCCCAAAUCUCGCGACCCUCGCAUGGCCCUCUUUGAUGAGAUCAUCCUCUCCAAGCGCAACCGGGGUCGCUCAUCGAUUUUCUCCGGCCGCAGUAUGACUGAUUUCUUAUCCGACACUUCCAAUCAUCUUUGGAGGACAGCCAGUGCCACCUCAUUUGCCGGGGGCAGUCGGAGUCAAAACAGUCUCUCGGGAGACUACACACGAGUCGUGAUGCGAGCCCCAGCAAAACUUGAUACCAGCUUGAUGAAAGAACCCCGCAUGGUUCAUGGGGCGCCUCGGGUGUCGAAGACGGCAAAUAACGCACGCAGAAAACCACUCCCUAAGCUCAUGAACGGGCUCGCAAUUUCCCCCCCGUAA